CAGCUUUUCGAUAGAGUGUCCACAUUCCCAGUCGCGCCACUUCAUUGCAUCUCACCAUCUUCGUACGCGACACUCAUUUCUUCAUCUCAACUUGGAGCCUUCUUUCACAUCUGAUCAUUUCCGGUAUUACGACAUUUCGCCCGAGUGGCUGUCCACAACGCCUCAAUCGGCAAUUCAAAACGAAAAUCGCGAGACACAUCGCUGCGACCAUCUCCAUCCGCUCGAUCACUCAAAACAUUAGGACUUUAAUUGCGCUGGUCUCAUAACAAUUUUCUGCCCAAUAUGAGAUUACGACAUGCCUCCGCGCUCCUCCUCUGCCUUGCUCCAUCACUCAUUCUCGCCGAUGAAGUUCUAAACGAAGCACACAGAAAGCAGGCCGAGAGGCGGGAUACAGCGGCAGAACAAAUCGGCCCGUCUAUCGCAAAUGAUGUGCAAGCCAUCGUUCCCGACGCUGCAGGUGCUGCAGUAAUUCAGCCGGUUGAUGCACGCGAUGCCAAAGCUCAAGUCGACCCGCUGGCCAAUCUGGAGAAGAUUCCUGGCAAGAUCGGAGAGGCCGGUGCGGCGGCUGUAAACGCGUUGCCGAAGACUUUUGAAGAGCUUGGAAAUAAUGCCAAGGAUGUCGCAGGUAAAUCAGUCGAAGAGCUCGGAAAUAAGGCCAAGGACGUUUCGGGCAAGAUUGUGAAUGCUGUGAAGGAAGAGGUCAAGACGAAUAAGAUGUCACAGGAGCUGAAGGAUAUACCACCACCGCCACUAGUCGAGCAAAGUUCGCAAAACCAGAUUGCGACAGGAUACGGCUCCAAGAAUGUGGAGGACGUGAAGCCAGCAGAUAGUGCGAAGAAGGGUGCAGCAGCCAGCGACAGUGAAUCAGACUCGCAACAGUCUGCGAACGCACCAGAGGUCCAGAACGCUGGUCGCAGAAACGGUGCUCCCGUUGCAGACUCGGUCGAUCGCAGUAAAUGGCUGGUGAAAACUAUGCCUGAUACUGAGGGCAAGACGAACCUCAAUCCCCCAAAGUCAAAACCGAAGAGCAGCGGAGGUCAACAAUCAAGCACCACCACAACGACCACCACCACGAAGACCUCUGAUGACGAUCAUUCUAACGACGACCAUGAGACCUGGCAUGAGAUCUUCCAUUCCUUUGUUCUAUCGUUCGCCAUGAUCAUUUUCAGUGAAAUCGGAGACAAAACAUUCCUCGUUGCGGCCUUGAUGGCGAUGCGCCACACGCGCUUACUAGUCUUCUCGGCCGCUCUCAGUGCUUUGAUUGCCAUGACGGUACUCUCUGCAGUCCUCGGCCACGCUUUCCCGACAUUACUGCCGAAGCGCCUCACCACCUUUGCAGCAGCCAUUCUUUUCUUCGUUUUCGGCGCGAAGAGCCUUUACGAAGGUCUUAAUAUGCCGCGCGAUGCUGGCAUCGGCGAAGAAAUGCGGGAAGUCGAGGCCGAAUUGGAAGAGAAGGAGCUCGACAUGCGGUCCCGAGGAAAAGGCGACGACGAUUCCGAUUCCGAUUCCGAUUCCGCCGGGAACGACCCUUACCUUCUUGAGUCUGGCCGCCGGUCCGCCAACUCGAACUUCGCACCGCGCAUCAACCGACCAGGUCUCGGACGACACGCCAUCAACGGCGGCCUUGGUGCUCGCAAGCGGAAAAGCCCUGCUUCAGCCGCUACCACGAUCGCUGGCCUUACGAAUCUUUUCAGCCUCAUGCUUAGCCCGGCGUGGGUGCAGACUUUCAUUAUGACUUUCUUAGGUGAAUGGGGCGAUCGGUCGCAGAUUGCUACGAUCGCUAUGGCUGCUGGACAGGACUAUUGGUGGGUUUGCGCUGGAAGCAUUGUCGGCCAUGCAUGUUGCACAGGUCUUGCUGUCAUCGGAGGCCGCGCUUUGGCCGGCCGGGUCAGCAUGCGGAUGGUCACCAUCGGCGGCGCUGUCGCAUUCCUGGCCUUCGGCUUCAUCUACCUGUACGAGUGCAUUCACGAAUAGUUCCUCUACUUCUUGCCCGAAUCCUUUUCUCCGCCACAGGCAGGAACGCAUGUCAUACCAUACCAUCAGGGUUUCUCGGUGUAUCGCCUUCACGAAACUAUGUGAGAGAGAGACGGCGACGACAUCUGGCAAUGUAUUGUUAAUAUCUUCUGUUUCUUUUUCCGACCAUUGUCACCUUCACAUCCCGCUUGGGGCUGUUACUCUCCGCAUUUUUGUCUUACUGUAGUAUCAAACUUCAUUUGAGUAUGUAUACAAACAUGUUGAAGUCAGACUCUAUACGCACGCUGUAUCAACAUUGAGAAUCGAAAUGAAUGAC